CUCACGGAAACGUCAUUAGGACGCGACGGUUGUCGAGCUCGUCGAUAAGUGUGUCGCGCGCCGUUCAUUCAUCAUGGCCCCAUCACCGACCAAGCGCAGGGAGCGUUCAGAGGACAAGCCCAGGGAGCGAGGUAAAGAAAAGGCUGCUCCGAAGGAGGGAGCGGAGAAGGAGAGAGGCAGAGAUAAGAUCCGCAAGCGCCGCAGCAACUCCACCGGCAGCAGCAGCAGCAGGUCCAGCUCCAGCUCCAGCAGCAGUUCUGGCUCUAGCUCUGGCUCCUCCAGCGGCUCCAGCUCUUCUUCUGGCUCCAGUCGCUCCGGCUCAUCCAGCUCCUCCCGCUCCUCUAGUUCAUCUGGGUCAUCGGGGUCUCCCAGCCCGAGCCGCCGUCGCCAUGACAACCGCCGCCGCUCUCGGUCAAAGUCUAAAUCUCAAAAACGGACUGAUGAGAAAGAGAGGAAGAGGAGGAGUCCAAGCCCAAAACCAACCAAACUUUAUCUGGGAAGACUCACCAGAAACGUCACCAAGGAUCAUAUUCAAGAGAUCUUUGCCACAUAUGGAAAGAUCAAGAUGAUUGAUAUGCCAUCAGACCGUCUGCACCCUAAUGUGUCCAAGGGUUACGCUUAUGUGGAGUACGAGUCUCCGGAGGAUGCCCAGAAAGCCCUCAAACACAUGGAUGGAGGUCAGAUUGACGGUCAGGAAAUCACAGCAACUGCUAUUCUGGCCCAGAGGAUACGUCCUGCUCCGAGGAGACUGUCACCUCCACGCAGAAUGCCGCCGCCUCCACCCAUGUGGCGCCGCACACCGCCUCGCAUGAGGAGAAGGUCUCGGUCUCCACGGCGACGCUCUCCGGUGAGAAGGCGCUCUCGCUCCAGGUCUCCAGGCCGCAGGCGUCACCGCUCUCGCUCCAGCUCCAACUCGUCCCGCUAGAAACAUGCUUCUGAGACCAGCCCGUUCAUAUUUUAGUUAGAUUUCUCCAAGUGUUUUCUUUUUUCCUCUGGUACCUCAGGAUUGCACAUUUAAAACCCUCGUCUUGUUACAUCUUGGACGUUAGGGUGGAAGUGCAUGGUUUUAAUCUGGUGUUUGUGCGUUCACUGGGCUAGUGCUAGAUCAUUCAGCUUACUGUGAUUCUUUUGUAAUGUGCUUUUUGUUUUGUUUGAGAAAUACAACUUUUACUGGUUUCUGUUGUGGGAUGGAAUAAAAUGCAUUUAUUGUUUUAUCUAAAAGUUAACAUUUGUCCACAAUUCAUCAUCUAAUUAUCUAAAAUCUGAAGAUCUGGAAGAAUCCGAAUAGGAAAUUCAAUAAACCAUUUUCGAUACUA